UGUUCAUAGUGGCUGCAAAUGUAUGGAGUGGUCUCUACCUACUUGAACGUUGUGAGCUGUAUCUUCUUUUUAUUAUGUUCUUUAAAUAAAAAAAGUGAACUCAUUUCCAAAAUCUAGGGGAAUACGUUUAACCCUAUCCUUUCCCCAGUUUUCGGUGCUUUCAGGAAGGGAAUUACAAAUAAGCAAACAACCGAGGGAGAGAACUUUGCUCAGUGCUCCCAUUGCCAAAGUGAGAUUGAGCAUCACGUUAAUGCGUUGCCGUGGUUAGCCGGGCAGGGGGUAGCCGUGUUGAUUUGGAAAGGGCGAUUUAAAAUAGGCUCAUCGGUAAUGUAGCCCCUACAUAGGAUCUCUCAGAUGUUCGUGCCAAGUGUUUUCCCGAACCUUUUUCCCCGGCAGUGCAUUCGUGCUCCUCAGUGGCUGUUGUUUUCCUUCCGCAGUUGUUUUAGUACUGCUGUUACCGGUACGCUCAUGCCUUCGAGUUACACAUGGUGUUUGAAGCACGGCUUGAUAUUUAUCUACCGAGAAGUUUCUUGCCCUGCAUUUGUGUGGUUUGAUCAAUAAGGCAGUGGGAAGAUGCCUGGGGGCACCGGUGCCUCUCUGGGCGGACUGGGGGUCUGGAAGAGACCACACAGCCUCCCCGCAAACACUUACAGCUCAGCUCCGCUCGGGCUGCUGCAGCUAGCCCGACUCUCCCAGGAGCGCCUGUUUCUACUGACUGCUGGCUUGCCUGGAGCCCGGCUGAGCUCUCGGUUAUGUCUCUUGUAAAGCCCCUGCGUAAAGCCCAGCGUUGUGCUGUCGAGCAAGAGCGUGGGUAAGGUUGGAACGAUCCUGCCCUCCCCGAGUCACCCGGGCGAGUCCUCGGCGGGGGUCGGAGUGCCCUGAAGGAAAUAGAGUGGGAGGCCAGGGGAGAAGGAGAAAGUUAGGGUGUUUGUUUAUUUAUUUAUUAUUUUCUGUUGCGUGUUGCUCUGCUCGAUCAGAAGUUAAAAGCACUGAACAUUUUUCUUAGCUGUAUGCCUCCAAGCUGCUGGCCUGCCAAGUUAGUCAGCUGAAUCCAAUUACUGCAAGCAGCAUUUCAUUUGGCUCGAUGGAAGCACUCACUUAUAACUUCACCUAAAAUUUCAAUAAUACCUAUAUUGGUCCCACGCCUGAAUAAUUCUAAAGAUUUCCCUGGGUUCAGCUCUGGCAACCUCUUCUCCGAGCGCUGGGAGACGAGCACAACCCCAGCGUGCCCAGACUCCUCUCUCCGCAGUACAAACUUUGGGGGUUAUUCCUGUGGCCGUGGAAGUCUUGGUAUUUGGCCAAGCUUUGGCUAAAUAAAGCAUGUCUAGAGCUAGAAGGCUAUCGUUUGUGAGGCUGAGAAGCUGCUUCGGAAAGGGAUGAGAAGUCGAUAAUUAAUUAGGCACAAAAUGAAAACUUACCGUGUUAAUCAACAGCGGCUAACAAUGACUCGGUUUGCAAUAUUAUGAUCUCUCCGCUCAGGGGCUAAGGUGCAACCCACUUUAGGUUGCCUUCAUACACCGUGUAAAGUGCUAUUUCUAAUGAAUUCUCUUUUAAAAAAUAAAGCACUUAAAGUUGACAUACGCCCACGUGAAUACAUUAUAUAAGACGUUACCGGGACAGGCCUGGGCCAGGAACCUGGGCGAGCAUCAUGUGUAAUCAUGAAGCUCCACUUCCCUAACUCCAGUUUGCCAGCAUAAAUUAAGGUGAUUUGGAAGGGGAAUGUAGCAUCCUACCGAGUUUGGUUAGGGAGAGAGAAGACUUGGUGGAAAGUUGUAAGGUCUGUUGUGUUGUGAGCUAUCGGAGGCGCUUCCGUUGGUUGUUCAUUAAGUGGUCCGUGCCCACGGAUUAUCCAAAGGAACCUGAAGAUCCUACUCACACAGUUAAAGUCAAAAAUCAAGAAAAAACGUAAGUUUGGUGGCUGCGAGUGGCCCGGGCCGAGGACGUGAGGCGCGGGGCGGCGGUCAAUGUUAUUUGAGCGGGGGCCGCGGGCCUCGGCGAUCGCAGAGCAGAGGAUGCAGAAAGCCGCCUACUACGACAACGCGGGGCUCUUCGGGGGCUACACCUACAGCAAGGCCGACGCCUACCCCUACGGCGCGGCCCACCAGCCCUACGGCCAGGCCGGCCUGGACGGCGAGUACCCCGGCUCCGCCUGCUCCGUCCAGGGCUCGGCGCCCGGCCGCGCUCCGGCCCACAAGGGCAGCGAGCUGAGCGGGAGCUGCAUGCGGCCGGGCGGGGGCGGCCCCGGGGGCAGUCAGCCCCCCGGGAUCGGCGAGCAUCAGCCCCCGGCCCUGCCGCCCUCCUCCCCGCCCAACCCCCCUCCCAGUGUGCCCCCUCCGAAAAAAGCCAAGGGGGGCCCCAACUCCUCGGGCUCGGCCAGCGCCACCCUCAGCAAGCAGAUAUUUCCUUGGAUGAAGGAGUCCCGGCAGAACUCCAAGCAGAAAAGCACCUGCGCCCCCCCAGGAGAGAGCUGCGAGGACAAGAGCCCCCCCGGGCCGGCCUCCAAGAGGGUGCGCACAGCCUACACCAGCGCGCAGCUGGUGGAGCUGGAGAAGGAGUUCCACUUCAACCGCUACCUGUGCCGGCCGCGCCGCGUGGAGAUGGCCAACCUACUCAACCUGACCGAGCGGCAGAUCAAGAUCUGGUUCCAGAACCGCCGGAUGAAGUACAAAAAGGACCAAAAAGCCAAAGGCAUCAUGCACUCCCCAGUCGGACAGUCCCCGGACCGCAGCCCCCCUCUAAGCGGCCCAAACCACGUCGGCUACUCCAGCCAGCUCCCCGGCGUCAACAGCCUCAGCUACGACGCGCCCUCGCCCACCUCCUUCGCCAAGUCCCAGCAGAGCAUGUACGGGCUGGCCGCCUACACGGCGCCGCUGAGCAGCUGCCUGCCGCAGCAGAAGCGCUACGCGGGCGCGGAGUACGACCCCCACCCCAUGCAGAGCGGCGGCGGCGGCUUCGCCAACCCCAGCCUGCAGGGCAGCCCCGUCUACGUGGGGGGCAACUUCGUGGACUCGAUGCCGGCCUCAGGCCCCAUGUUCAACCUGGGGCACCUGCAGCACCCCUCCUCCGCCAGCGUGGACUACAGCUGCGCCGCCCAGAUCCCCGGCGGCCACCACCACGGACCUUGCGACCCCCACCCUACCUACACGGACCUUUCCUCUCACCACACCUCUCAGGGACGGAUGCAGGAGGCGCCCAAGCUCACGCAUCUGUAGCGGGGCGGCGGCCAGCGGGCCCCGCUCCCCUCUCCAUUACCUCACUUUUCUGACGGGACAGUGUUACUGUGCUCUCUAGUGCCAACAGUAUCAGUGGAUUUGUCUCCCUUAGCAGCUCCCUUCUUUCUUCCGCAGCCCCGAGUAGGUCCGUGAGCAGGAGCCUUUCUCUUAGAGCUGUUUUAAGCAUGACAGUGCAAUAUACUGCCAACCGAGGGACUGAUAAGCUGGUAAUGAUGUACUUGAAGGUAAGUCUUAGAGAUGCUGUAGUGUUAGCAGCGCGUCAUGCUGAGGUGUUUUUAGACCAGUCGUGAGCCGUCGGAACUCGCCCGCGCGUAAGCUUAUUUCAGAGAAGUUAAUUUAUGAGUUCUUCCGUAACGUAAGGAUCGCAUUGGACUAAAUGAUAUGUAUUUAUUAUUUUAAGCGAGACAUUUUUUGUAUCACUGAUUAUUUAUCCUCGUCUUAAUGUAUUUAUGUGGGUAUUUGUAGAGUUUCUUCACCAAUACUUCGGGAGAGGGAUUCAGGUCCGUGGUGACUUACAUUUCACCUAUUUAGUAUAAUCGGUCUGAGCUAGUUGAGAGAGUAGUCUUGAACAGUUGUAACAGUGGCUGGUGUUUGUAGUUUAUGUAAGGAUUAAUUAAGACAGCAAGUCGUAAAUCAUUAAUAGAGUAAAACAAACUGUGGCAUCACACAAAGAGCCGUUACACUUUAAAAAAAUAUUGAAAGUAUUUUUAAAGUAUUUAUUUCUAAUCGGCUGGCCCCACUCGAGCGCCUCGGUGGCUUGGCUGGCAGCUGGCUCGGCCGGGUGAAGCCACCUUUAGUUGGAAGCUUAGCCGCUUUGAGGAGGAGAUCUACAAAGAGGGGCUCUUGGCCAUCUUGUUUCAGAUCAAAUCCUGCAUAUAAAAACCUCGGUGAGGUUAACAUUUAUUUAUUGGCUGGGUAUCUAUCGCUCAUAUUAUUUCGGUGGGCUAUUUUUUUUUUUUUAAGUACACUCUGGCUAUCCAAAAAUAGAAAAGAAAUUAGAAGCUUAGAAGGCAAAAAAAAAUUAGAAACCCUCUGAUAGUGCUAAUUUCAUUAGGGUCUCCAUAGCAAUCCGCGCAGCAGCUGCCGCCUUCUUUGUUAUUUUUAUACUGUUGUCUUUAUACUAACCAUAAAUCAAUUUUUAGACAUCUUUGGAAGCCCGAGCUUUUCCUCUUUUUUUUUUUUUCUUUUCUUUUUUUUUUUUUUUUUU